CUCAACCCGUAUAAAUAUAUUGCUCCAAAACCGAUUAUUGGCGACGAUGUGAUGGAAAAACCAAUGAAACCAGAAGAAGUUGCCUUGCUCAACAAAUUUCUGCACAAAAAAGUGGAUCUCAUGCAGAAUAGUGGUAUUGACGUAUCGUUAGACAGAAAUGACCCUCGCUCACCGUUGCAUUCCAUUCGGAGCUUUCGUGAUCUCAGACUUCGACCGGAGCUUCUUGAAGCCCUGAACGUGUUAGGAUUUACACAACCGUCCAAAAUUCAAGAGUUCGCUCUCCCCCUAUUAAUUAUGGAACCACCAACAAAUAUUAUUGCCCAAUCGCAAUCGGGUACAGGAAAAACCGCAACUUUCGUUCUUACAAUGCUUUCACGUGUGGAUGCUUCAAAGAAACGUCCGCAGUGUCUCUGCUUAGCGCCGACAUAUGAGCUUGCCAUACAGAUAGGUGAGGUGGUCGCCAAAAUCGCUCAGUUUAUGCCUGAGAUCAGGGUCCAUUUCGCAGUCAGAGGAGUGAAACCUUCGGCGCCCAUAACUGAACAAAUAAUCAUUGGCACCCCUGGAAAGUUGGUCGACUACCUUACCAAAUACCACUGCCUUGACCCGUCUAACAUUUGCUGCCUUGUUCUCGACGAAGCAGACGUCAUGAUCAAUCAAGCCGGUUAUACAGAACAGAGCACACAAAUCUACAAGUAA